CAAAUCAAUACUUGUAUAACACAAAAUGGCCCAACAAGACAUCUUCUACCGUCCCAUGAAGGGCGAAACAUCCGGUCUGCCUCACGACCCUUUCAAGAGCUUCGUCAUUCCCCGACCUAUUGGCUGGAUUAGCACUACUAGCCAAGAUGGUAAAGACAAUCUUGCUCCGUUUAGCCAGUUUAUGAAUGUAUCAUUUGAUCCUCCCACUAUUCUAUUCGUGGGCCACCAAGACCUCUACAAGAAGCGCUCCCGCGACACCGUGAUGAACUGCAUCGAAACCAACGAGUUCGUCUGGAACAUGGCCACCUACGACCUCCGCGACGCCGUCAACAAUACCGGAAAAGAAACAUGGGAAGACGAGUUUGAAGAAUUCAAUAUUAAAAAGGCUCUUUCUCGCCUCGUCCGCCCACCACGCGUUGCUGAUUCCCCCGUGAGCUUCGAGUGCCGUGUACACAGCAUCGUCCGCGUAUCCAACGAAUAUCACGGCAAGGCUACCGCCGGUCCGCACAUGGUUGGCAAUUCAGAUAUUGUGAUUGGGCGCGUUAUUGGCAUUCACGUCAAGGGCGAGUACAUUACUGGUGACGGGCUCUUUGACGUGCUCAAGGCCGCACCGAUUGCAAGACUGGGAUAUAGACAGUACAGCUACAUUAAUAAUGUGUUUGAGAUGACGAUCCCGUCUAUGCCAGACGAGCCUAAGGAGGUGGCGGCUGUGCUUGCUGGUGCAGUACCCUAUGGUGAUCCAGAGGCGGAAGAGGAAGAAGAAGAGAAGACAACGUAG